ACCUCUACUCUCCCAGCCAGAGUCGUCGCUUCUUCCGUAUCGCGCUGGGCAGUGAGUGGAAAGUGGAAGAUCACCGCGGAGUAAAAGGGACGGAACCUUUGACUCGAUUCAUUGUUCUGUAAUGUGACGGCCGCGUUGAUCGCAUUUCUUUUGGAAUUAAGGACUAUUUUUUUCUGUCUACCGUCUCCUCAGGCUGGGUAAUGGAGAAAGUAAAUCAUUGACGACUGUACCGAUGUGGAUGUGCUCGGGAAAUUCGAAGGCAAUCCAUUCGCACCACUAGCCUACCCACCACUACAAAGGGCCCCCACUACUGGUUGGCAAACAAAUCAAAAGAUCGUCUGGGUUCUCGACGUGCUCAGAAGGACACAAACACUGGUACCAGUCCAGUUGAAACAAUAUUACAAUACUAAACACACACCUGAACAAACAAAAUGGUUAAAAGUGUGAAGUGGAAUUCGGAAUGCAGUUUGCUGCACGAGUUAUUUUUUUUCUGAAGGCCUGGGAAGUGUGAGUACGGAUUAUUUCUGACAUAGACGAUCAGGACAUUUCAGGUUGAUAAAUUGUGUGAAGGAAUACAUUUGACGGAUACCUGUUCCAGGAUACUCGUCGACGGAUACUCGUUUCACUAUGCAAAUGACAGAAGAACAAUUAGAGCACUUCCGUUUGGAAGCUUUACGCUGCGCUCUGCUGAUAUCUCAGGGAG